AUGUCUCAAAUUAAUAUUAUUGCUACAGUUGUAAUCAAAUCAAAUUUUGUCGAAGAGUUUGAAAAGUUUGCUCAAAAUCUUGUCCACAAUUCACGUAAAGAAGAGGGUUGUAUUUCAUACACUUUAAAUAAAGAUAGCGAAAUACCAAACAAAUAUUAUUUCGUAGAAGAAUGGAAAUCAAUGGAUGCAAUCGAAUUUCACAAAAAUACAACUCAUUUCAUUGAAUAUAUCAAUUACAGUCAAGAUAAAAACGAAUCAUUAAAUAUUACAUUAAUGAAACCAAUCAUUUAA